AUGCCCAGCAGCACCCUUUCCGAUGCACUGAAUGAAUUUGCGGCUCAUGGUAGAUCACGCCAGAAUGAAUCGCAUAUCGGUGCAUUUCCGCAAGGCCAGAUCUUCUCUCCCCAAGCCCAGGAGUACCCCCGACCGGUACACACUGAGGGCGAGUUAGUUCUGUCGGAACCUUCGCCCCCACCGGCGCAACCUCUAGCGCCACGAAAGGCAUCGACUCCUGGCGUUCAUGCCGUUCAGGAAUUACUUCGGAUAGUAGCCGCGACGAAGGAGGCGCAAGAAAUCGAACGACGGCGCAGGCUCGCCUGGGAGCAGGAACAAGAGUCCAAGUUCAUUCAAAGACAAGCCGAGAUGGAAAGGCAGAUGUUUGAAAUGCGUCAACAAAUCGCCUCUCUUCAAGCCAUGGUGCACCCGAGUCCUUCUCCAAACGUCGUUCAUCAAACACCUGUCGAUACCCCUCGCCCAACGCUGCUCCUCGAAACUCCCGUUCACCAUUCAGUAUUAUCAACGGCGCAUUACCAGCCGAGUUCCAUGACUUCGCAGGAAUCACUCGUACCAAAUCAAAUGGAAUCUCACGGAAACGGUUCUAUCACUCCGCCCGAAGAUGUGCGCUAUUCCACAACCCCAUCUACUUCCCCGCAGCUUCGUGCGGCUAUAAAUACAGCUAGUCCCCGGGCCAAGUCUGUAGACAGACGCAAGCGGCAUACCCCACGACACGCUCCAGCUUAUGCUGAGGACGACAGCGCUGAAAGUAGUGGGUCCGACAGCUCGUCCUCGAGUAUGGAUCGGCCCGCAAAGCGGGCUAACCAUCACGACACGAGGUGUCUGACUAUCCACCACGCCAUGAGGUUGCACCUCGUUCGCACCAUGGGCUUAGACAGCGACAAGCACCUUCCGGAUAGCCAUAUUGAAGGCACCGCUCUGGAGUCAACUGACCCGGUACGUUUCGUUUGGGCGAAAACGACAAAGCAGUCGGCCCACAAUUACCGGAUGAAAGAGAGGGUCAUCAACGACCUGAAGGACAACCGCAAAUACUACAAACACGUACCAGACAAGGACUUCAGCAAAAAGGUCCUUGAUUCCGUGUUCGAUCAGUGCUUCACCACGUUUCGGCAAAAAUACAAGACACAGAACGACGAAUCGGCGGCUCUGGCAGCGAGAAAACGGGAUGACAUGAAAGCUCUCAAGGUUCGACGACUUGCGAGGCGUAAAGCGAAACUCAGCGCCCGCGCGGAGGCACGCAUGAGGCACGCAGACUUGGAGCACAUUACUUUUGACGGGGCAUUCCAGCUGGAAUGCAUGUCUUCCGAGGAAUCCGAAUUCGAGGAUGGUCAACCACAGCCAACGCGAUUUCGAACACGUGGAUUCGCAUGGCGGAGCACACGGCUGCAACGACUAUACGAGAUCCUGGACGAAGAGGACAGGGAGACAUCUGCUACAAAGCCAAAGAGGGGGCUCGGUAGGAAAGACCGCAUUGUUGGCCCGGUGAAGAGUGAAUUGAUUCUACCUCCUGCUGGUUCUUCGAGCUGGAUGAUCAGCAAGCAUUGGAUCAGCGUCACGCUUCAAAAACAUCGAGAUUUAUUGGAUGUUAUAAAGAAACUUGUUGUGGACCCACCGGGCUUCGAUUGGGAUCGUUUCCAUGAGCUUGGAGAGGAUAGUGACGCGGAGUAUCAAGCUUCACCUCAGAACAUGGAUAAUCCGGUUGCACACACUUCCAACCAGUACUAUACGGGUAGUAGCUCUUUACAGUAUGCUUUGACCAACUCACUGAGGGGUUGUAUUACUAUUAGGGAUAUACCAGGGGCCACACGUCACGUUCACAGCGCGCGCCUGGAGACUCGGAAUCGGCGUAGUUUGGCAGCAGACCCGACAAGUGAGGGAGAAGGCAUGGCUGGCGCGUCCUACAUCGGGCGGACUAGCGACUUCAUAGAUCUCCACGACCAAGUUCAGACGAGUGUGCAGCUCCUCGACUCCCUUGAGUCCUUUCUAUCUACAUUUCAGAAAGACCUAUCAGUUGUAGCAGGCCAGAUAUCAGAACUUCAGGAUCGAAGUAAAGAUAUUGGGAACAGGUUGAAGAGUAGAAAGAGAAUUGAGAAACCUCUGUCACACCUGAUCUCUGAUAUAGUCGUUCCACCUCCUUUGGCUACGCUCAUACUUGACACCGAUGUUGGCGAGCCGUGGAUCCCAGCAAUUCAAGACUUCGAGAAGAAGUUGGAGACAAUCAAGGCGCGUUCGCGGGUGAAAGCUGCCAGAGACCUCAUGGAGGUCGUUGAGGGGCUUAGGAUAGUGGCAGCCACCAAAUUGCGGGCAUUCUUCCUGGCGCUGUUCCAGCCAAUUCGGAGCAGUGUGACUACGAACAUGCAGGUUAUGCAGACGUCAGUUCUAUUGAAGUAUAGGCCACUGCUUCCCUUCCUCCAGCGACAAGCACCCAAUGUAUUCCAGGAAGUCCAGAGAUCAUAUAUUGGCGCGGCUCGAACAUAUUACGAAACCGGAUUUCGUCGGUAUAUACGCUCGUUAACCUCCAUUAAUACACGCGUUAUUGAGAAGCCUGAAUUAAUAACGGUUAGUGAGAAGGAAACCAUCACAGAUGUAGACAUGGCGCGCUUGGAGUACGCAAAAGUAGACGGUCCAAAUAUUACGCUCGCAUAUAUGGCAGACGACAAGAAUCAUAAAGAACCCGCCGAGGCCAUGUUUCGGUCCCUGAUGUUGGUUCUCAUGGAUAACGCAACUGCCGAAUACACCUUCAUAACUAGUUUCUUUGCCAACGAACCCCUACCAACGCCUGCAGAUUCGGAAACACCGCUGUUGUCUCCCACCGCGCUAUUAUCCCCAGACGGCUCUAUUUCCUUCGAUAAUCGGUCAAUUGCCGCCUCAGAACACGAACUUCGGAGGAGUAGUUCUACCUCCCAGGGUAUAACAGCAGCACUAGCAAACAGCAAAGCCGAACAAGCGGGAUUCGAUGCACUAUGGAAGCAAGUCUUUGACCCUGUCUCGGAGUACACUCAGGCCUUCGUCCGUUCAAUCAUUGAACCUCCGCCUCCCGUGGUCCCCCUACUGGUCAUGAUCAGGUUGACCGAAGCCGUCCUCAACGAAAUACAGAACCGAUCAUGCCCGCCGUUGGAAUCCUUUGUCUUUGCCAUUCGCCUACAAAUGUGGCCGGUUUUCCAGAAAUUGAUGACCGAGAAUAUUGAUUCUCUGAAGAAAUAUGCUGAAGGCACCAGUCUCAGUUACUUCGCUAGGGCUGCGUCAACAACGGAUGCUUCAAUAUGCAAACGCUAUAUCGUAAUUUUUAACCUCUUCGUGGCGCUGACCGAGCAACCCGACGAGACAAUGAUAUUCUCAAAUCUUCUACGUCUAAGACAGGAAGUUGCAAAGCUGAUUCUGCGGCAUGCCCAACAAAUCAAAGACCCCGCAGGCAGCGCCAAAAUGCGGUCCAGAUUGUAUGACGGCUUAUUACAAGGCUUUACGGGUGCUCAUUUCAUUGCUCACCCCAAAGCCCAGCAAGAGACUGCCUACUGGGCUAAUCUCGGGGAAGAGUCGAAGAGGAAGAUAGUUUCUGUCUCACAGGCUAGAUCGCGGCAGUGA